AUGUCUCUUAUCGCAAUUGAGGACAAGCUCAUGUCCCUGGGCGGCAAAAACCUACUCAGCUUCAGUCUGCCAAAACCACAGCGUGUCAAUACAGCCGACACAAUGUCACGUGAAGUUCUGAGGGAAACAUCAUACAACAUCCCUUUCCUGCACGAAUAUGUUACCAUCAACGAGCCUAAACUACUACCUGAUCAGAGAGACGCGUACAACACCAUCGUGCAAAUCAUCACUACUCAAAAAGGCGGAAUAUUCUUCUUAAACGCUCCAGGGGGAACUGGAAAGACCUUCGUCACCAGUCUUCUGCUGGCAAAGAUCAGAACACAGAAAAAUAUUUGCCUUGCUGUCGCAUCGUCUGGCAUCCCAGCUACACUACUUGCAGGGGGUCGUACAGCACAUUCAACAUUGAAGCUGCCACUAAACUUGGCACAAAACGACACACCCACCUGUAACCUAUCCAAGGGCAGCAAUGCGGCGAAGCUCCUCCAACUGGUACACCUAAUUAUGUGGGAUGAGUGCACAAUGUCACACAAGGCUGCCUUUGAAGCCGUGGACCGAACCCUGCGUGUCAUCCGCGGCAAUGGGAAGAUCAUGGGAGGCAUUACGUUCGUAAUGUCAGGUGACUUCCGCCAGACCCUCCAGAUUCCCAAAGGCACACGUGCUGAUGAACUAAAAGCAUGCAUCAAGUCGUCAUAUAUCUGGAGCAGCGUGCGGCAGCUGGUGCUGUCCACCAACAUGCGGCCUCACCUUCUAGGCGAGCCAAUGGAACGAGAGUUUGCAGCCCAUCUACUUCGGCUUGAUGAAGGCACGAUACCCGUCUCUCCAUUCAGUCAAUGUGCUGGAUCAGUCGACAACCCGCAGGAGUGUGUAUUUCCCAACCUCGUCGACGAUUACCCGAGCCACAGUGGUUGUGCGAGAAAGCCAUUCUUGCACCAAAGAACGAUACGGUAA